UAGAAGAACUAUAGUUCCCAGCAGCCAUUGCGUUUCUGUUUCCGGUGACGCGGGUAAACCAAGAUGGCGCCGUCUGCAGAUCAACACGCGCGCGUCAUUCCCGGAGGCUUCAGUGUGCUGUCGCUGAGGUUCAGUGAGGAUGACGCUCAUGCUGCUCUUCAUCAGCUGUGUGUUAAAGAGCACCGGGUCCGAGCGGAGUCCAGCACGAACCGACCACUGGACCGAACACUGUUCGCGCUCAACGUCCCUCCGUACUUCACUGAGAGUGUUCUGAAAGAGGUGUUCAGCCGCUUCGGGUUUGUCCAGUCCGUGGAGCUGAAGGAGAGACCAGGAGCGUCAGAGACGAGCCACAGUGGGGUGUCCAGACACUUCACAGGCACACUCAGACAGUGUUUCAGGGUGGCAUACAUCGUCUUCAAACACGCAUCUGCGGUGAACGCAGCUAAACGGCACCCGGAGAACGUCCCGCUCGUCGUCUCUACAGCUGAGAGACCCGUCAGGACCGGCAUCCACAAGUGGAUCCAGCAGUACUCAGACUCACUGAUCAAAGCUUCAUCACUACAGCAGGACAUCGAUCAGUUCAUGAAUAAUUAUGAUAAACAGAAGGAGGAGGAGGCGGAGCGUCAGAACCAGGAGGCGGAACAGCAACAGGAGGAUGAGGAGGGUUGGGUGAAGGUGACGAAAAGCAGCCGCGGCGUGAAGGUCCGCCCACACAGCGAGACAGCCAAUGAGAGGAUGCUUAAGAAGGAGAAGAAGAAGAGCGAGCGCAAGGAGCUGCUGAACUUCUACACGUGGCAGCACAGAAACACGCAGAAAGAACAUAUCGCUGAGCUAAGGAAGAAGUUUGAAGAGGACAAACAGAGAAUCGCUGUACUGAGAGCGCAGAGGAAAUUCAGACCCUACUGAUUCAACAUACCCACAACAUAUCCUUGGCACCCGCUGAAUUCAUUUACCCACAAUCCUCGGCACCCACUGGAUCCAUUUACCCACAAUGUCCUGUAUCUGUUGGCUGUAUGGUGACAUGAACGUUCAUUUAAAAAAAUAGUCUGCAGUGAGUCAAUCAUAGAAGUGUGAUAAUUGUGUUUGGAGCAAAAAUAAACCAUUAUGAUGCAGUGUAUGUGUGUGGAAUGUGUGUUACUUUUUGAUUUGGGUCCUUCGUUUCGUUUUUUUAA